AAAGGAGAUAAAGAUGCAAGCAAUUUUGUUGCGGAAUUAAAGAAAUCUGGCGUCGGAGACAAUUUCCUCGUUAUCUCGAAUACGAAAUCCUCCUCAGAUAUUGUAGAUUUGUAUGAUCUGAAGGAUAAUAAUGCAGUAGGAGAAGAGCAAGAAAUUUCUGGAAGAAUCAUUGAUUUUGGUCAUGGCACGAUUUCAACAAGAUCUACGCGUAGACCAGUUCGCACUACUCAAAAACCAUCAAAAACGCCUGCUCCUACUAGGAAAACGACUUCUAAGACUGUUCCUCCGAGCAGAACGACUCCUAAAACGCCUGUUCCUCCCGGAAAAUCGACCACUGAAACGCCUGCUCCUUCGAGCAAAACGUCUCCUAAAACGCCCGUUCCUCCUAGCGUACCAACCACUCCAGAGAAGCCAGGAAAGAAAUUCAAUUGCUUGUUUGUCGGAGAUCUUUAUAAUUACGGAGAUGAUACUGAGUCUUACGAAUUGGAAGCUGAGCUUCUAAGUGCUGUUGGAUACGACUUCUUUGACGAAACCGUGCGUUCGCAUAUUGCUUUAUGGGCAUAUGGGUACACAGACUUCCCACGAAAGGUCAAUGCUACGUUGAAGGAUAUGUCAAAGAAUUACGAGGAAUUGAAGGCGCAGAUAGAAAAGAUGAAAUACGUUCACAACAGCAACGCCAUGUCCACAGAAAGCGCCAUUAAAGCUAUCAAUGAGAUGUAUGACACAGAAAAGAGAUUGGACUGCUUGGUCUUCCUCAGUGCUCAAAGUGACACCCGAAACCUUCCUCAAAUAGCUCCCCAACACCUGAAGUUUAAGAGAGUUGUAGUCGUCGGCCUUAGCGAACCCGAAGACGAGCUAAGAUGCUUGUUUAUUGGUGACUUAUACAAUUAUGGAACAAACAAGGACGCUUAUGAUAAUGAAAGAGAAUUUAUAUCGACUCUGGGAUUCGACUACUUCAAGGAGCAGCCAUACAAAGCCGGCUUUUGGGCUUAUGGAUACACAAAAUAUCCCGAAUCUCCGAAUCUUGACAAGAUGUUCGCAGAUUAUCGAGAAUUCGACGAAGAAUUAAAAAAUAUGGAGUAUUCUCAAAACUCUGAUCCUCUGUCAACUUUACGUGUCAUCAAAGUCAUUAAUUCGUUGAAAGUGAAUGUGAAUCAGAUGAACUGCCUGGUGUUAUUUGCUGCACCGAACAAUACCCAGUCUCUCCCGGUUUUGGAUCCUCAUUCAAAUAUCAAACGGAUUGUUGCAGUCGGAUUUAACAGCGCCGACUUAACAGACGUAGCGGGUAAGAGAGGAGUAGCCGUCAGCGUGCCAUACAACUACGUGGAAGAGGAUGUCAAAAAUGUUUUGGAUGCCAUAAUGGGAAGGUAG